AGAAGCUUCAUCCCGACGUUCUGGUACAAAGUGCGUUCAAGAGGCCAAAGCGGCCACGCGUUUCCAAGCGCUCCGGAGCUAUUCUCAUUAAAGCGGAUGCAACCUGAACGAGUGACUUGUUUUGAAUGCAGCUCAGAUCAGACGAAGGAGUUGCCCCUCUCCCAACAGCAUCACAUUUGUGAUUUCCCAGACCAGAAAGAUUAUAAAGACAGAUGUGUGUGCUGCUGCGCGUAACAUCAAUCUGAUCCACGAUGCAACCGUUCCGUGCAGAACGUCCUCACUUUACGAUGCGGGAAUUGCUUUAAACUGUGAUCAUCAACGUACGGACCCGGACGCCCUGUCGGCUGAGACAUCAUUCGCGACCCGUGAGACUGACGAGGCGGGACCGCCGGCGGGAUGGUGGAGCGGUCGGACCGAGCCCCUCUGCUGGACUGGGAGGAGGUUCCGUCCGCGGAGCGGCCCGCGGGAGCGGCACCGCGCGCCAAGGAGCGCCUGGCGAGCCCCUCCAACGGCCGUGCCUCGCCGGGAUGCUCCGCGCCGGGGCUCGGGUGGAGCAGCGCUCCGGGGGGUCCCACCGCCAGCAGGUCUGCGUCCAACGGUGACGGCUGCAGCGCCCCACCCGCGACCUCCAGCACCCCGACGACGAGCAGCGGGGAAGCCCUGCAUCCCGACCACGAGCAUCAACCCUCGGAUUCAGAAUCGAGGGAGCCGUCGCUGGAAGACAGGAUGGUGAAAUGGGAGGAGAAGGACCAGAUAGUGUCGGUCUUUGUGGUUACGUUCAAUACCAGAUCAGGAAACAUGCUGGAGUGGUGCCUGCCCAAAGACAUGGACCUGGAGGGGGUGGAGUUCAAGGCCAUAGCCAGCGGCUCCCACAGAGUCACCACGGACUUCAUCUACUUCCGGAAGGGCAGCUACUUCGGCCUGGCCUGCUUCGCCAACAUGGCGGUGGAGAGCGCGGUGGAGAGGGGGGCGAGGAUGAAGUCGGUAGGGAUCCUGUCUCCUUCCUACACCCUGCUCUACCGCUACAUGAGCUUUCUGGAGCACCAGGUCAGGCUCCAGCUUCAAUCCCCAGGCCACUACUCGCCCCUGGAGGCCUUCUAUGAGGACAAGAGAGCGCUUCUUCCCCCCAGCGGUGAUGGUGUUGUUACUGCGUGCCCGGCCAAUGCCUGGGGAGCAGCGAUCAACCACUGCAUGCACCCCGAGAUGAAGAUCACCCACCCUGCAGGCUGCAUGUCCCAGUUCAUCCGCUUCUUCGGGGAGCAGAUCAUGGUGCUGUGGAAACUGGCUCUCCUCCGCAGACGCAUCCUCAUCUUCUGCCCUCCACCUGUGGGCGUGGUCUGCUACAGAGUUUACUGCUGCUGCUGCCUGGCGAACAUCUCCAUCCCCGGCAUCGGCGUGGCUGUUCCCGAGUUCCGCCCCUUCUUCUACGUCAACGUGGCCGACAUCAGCGCCCUGGAGAACGAGCUCUCCUACGUGGCGUGUACGACAGAGAAGAUCUUUGAGGAGAAGAAGGACCUGUACGACGUGUAUGUGGACAAUCAGAAUGUGAAGACCUACAGGGACGGCCUGAAGUCUCUGCUCCGUCUGAGCAACGCGGACAAGGAGAAAUAUCGCAAACUCACCGAACAGAGGCAGAUGCUGCUGUACUCCCAGGAGGAGAAUGGCGACUGUGUGUCCAGUGAAGAGGAUCUCUUCAUCCUGUUUUUCCUGGAGCAGAACAACCGGAUUUUCCAGACCCUCGGCGAGGUGGCGGGGAGCCCCGACCCCACGCUGACCCAGGAGAGCGUGAGGGCCAUGGGUCUGGAUCCCCAUGGAGACAGGCUAUUCCUGCUCCACCUGCUGGAGAUCUACGGCUACGACACCCUGCUGGUGUCAGAGCAGCUGUGCUGCAGUUGAGCGGCCGCGGACAGUCGGCCUUACCGACCGCUGGUUUUAAAAAGGGGGGGUUCAUUUGCCUCAAGCUGACGCUGAGUGCUGCACUACUGGCUUCCUGGAGUCAGGAGCACUGUUUGGAAUUUCUCUGGUAUCGUUUUUUUGUUGUUGUGUAUACCCCUGUUCUUCUUAUGUUCACCGUGGUUGUGUCCCCUCACGGCCCCCGCUGAUGUAUCAUCACCAAGAGUAAUGUGGUCAAAUCUGCUUGAUACGUUGCCGCGGAGGCUUAGGGAUGGAUUACCUACCCGUGGCUGAUUAAAACAGGAUUCUGUGGAUCGGAUACAGCGGCAGUAGUUCAGCACUGAGCCGUGUUUGAAUGCCACGGAUGGCAGGAGGUCUGGAUGAUUAACGAGUGGCCUGGACUGUGCUCAGAGGGACCUCUUCCAGGGUGAAGCCCGGGAUUUUCAGUGAACGCUUGUACCAAGUGCUGAUGUAUAAAAGUGAAAAUAACAGGUAGCCGUUCUGUAAAUAAUCCCCCCUUUACAUAGUGUGUUUAGUGUGUGAUAUGGGGUCCGCUUCUCUGCCAAUGUUGCUUUCCUUAUAUCAAGUGCUGGAUUUGAACACCUCUUUGUCCAAAAUCAGGGCCUCCUUGAAAUCUAAAGUCAGUACAAGCCGGUCAAACCACGUCUGUAAGCAUUGUUGUUGAACUGGCUGAUUGAAAUGUCUUUUUUUGCACCGGUGCUGCUGUGCCACCGUGACACAAAGAGCACCGUUUAGUCCUGAAUGCUUUUCUCAAAUGACCUGUUGUGUUUGCAGAUCAAAGACAGGCCUUCCGAUGAUUCUCUGAAUUCAGAGACGAGGUCAUAUAAAGUAAUUUAACAGCUACCAUCUGCAGCACAGAGCAUAGAGAAUGGGUAAAGGCACAACACUGAAGUAUUUACACUCUGCAUACAUUUUGAAGCGCUCUAUGGCAGCACAGGCUUUUCACCUUCGUCAAUAGUGAAGUAACAUCAAGUAGUGCGUAAGUGAUAAAAGAAACAACCUUCGCUUUUUUAGAAAAGAGGUGACAUCAGCAUUGAUCAGAUUUUUGACUGUUCAAAUUUGAAUGGCUAAUGUAUUAGCAACCAAUGGUCCUAAUUGAAAGACACAUUAGGGUUAUCAUGCUUUUCACAUCAACCUUCUAAAGAAAAUCUUGUUGAUGCGAACAUAUUUGGUGAGAUUGAACCAUACAAAUGUUCCAUAAAAACAUAACUAGCAAAGGGGUUUACAAAGCUCCAUUGAUAUUAGCAAACAUUCACUGCUUAUUUUUCCCUUUGACGGGACAUCUGAGAUUUGAUCCUGCAUACCGCCAAAGAUCGGGUAUUAUUUAACUAUUUGUAUCCAACAGCAAGGUCAGGGUUAUAGGACUUACCAUUGCGACAUCGUAGAAAUACAUGCACUCAUGAAGUCAAUUAUAUGUUUAAAUAAGACUGCUUUUUCUUUCCCAUUGAAACAUAUCGUAGACGCUAACCUGGUGUUUUGGUUGCUGCACACAUACAAUGUUUUUUUUCCUGUCUUUUUAUGUUUUAAGAUUAUUAUUUGGUCAUACACUUUAAAAUGUAUUACGUUUCUUUUAGGUUUUUCAUUUUGAAUGUAAAUAUUCAAUUGUUGCAUCUGUGAAGAAAUGGGGUCUGUUGAAUGUGUUUUAUAAAAAAAAAAAAAACGGCAAAUAUGAUCCCACAGAGCCGCUGUGCACCACUGAAACCGUCAUGCAAUUAUGUGUCCACUGUGUGAAAACAACCUUGGGCAUUACUUCACGCCACAGAGCACCUUAGACUACAUGUACAAAGCUGGAACAACCAUCUCAGUAGUUGAAGGGAUAGUCCGACUCAUGUAAAAAAAAAAAAAAAACACCAUUGCUUUAUUUAUUUUACCGUAAAACCAUUUCAGAAAUAAAGUGCAUCGCCGUGUAAAGAGAAA